AUGUCUACUGCCGCCCUUGCUUUUGUUGAUGUUCUCUUUACGGACGACGAGAUGGCAAGGUACAACACGUCAGGAACUAAGGUUUCCACCGGUUGGACAGCGGAAAAUUAGGCUUUCUUGUGUCCGUUUUACAAAGAAAUUUGACUCGCGAUUUUUUAGUGAACAAUGGAAUCAGAUAGCCGCUCGCAUUAAUACGAAAUGUUGAGGAGAGAGGAGGACUCUUAUUCAUAGACUUAAGAAAACUAGUUUGUUUUGAAAACACAAAGAUGGCACAAUUAGUCUAUCAUUUCCCACAAAAAAUUAUGGGUCGGUGAAUUGAACAGAAUUAGCCAUUGUUCAAAAAAACUGCUUUCUAAGUUAUUUUAAAUUCGGCUAAUUUUAGCAUAGAAACUUUACUAAUUAUGGGGGGCCUAAAGAAGGCAUAAAACGCAGACCAGAAAAUCAUCCAUCUGCCCAGAAUAAUGCAUUUACAGACAGGUUAGGUGGCGACAGUCAAAGGAAUAAAGUUUGGCAAAUAGACUGUCAGUUAAUAAAAAAAAGUACAUUAGAUAUUUAAUAAUUUUGUUCACUCCUUCAGUUUUUACAGUAACUUUAUAACCAUGCUUUUGUUUUUAAAAUCUGGAAGCUCAGUAGAUUCUGUCAUAUCGGUCAUUGUUAAAACUGUCUUUGUUUUGAUGCUACUAUUCGACAUGGAAAAAGUUUGUCGGACAAAAGUAGUCACCAAAACCUAAAUAUUUCUUUGCCAGCUUCAGUAUUGACAGGGGAUUAAGUUUAGAUGAUAAAACAAAAGAUUUUGUUGACAGAAAUACCGAAGGUCAAGUAAAUUCGUUACAUGAGGUCACACAACUCGGGUAAUAGUCACGGUGUAAAUUUGCAUAUUUGCAAUAUUUUUAUUUGCAAUAUUUUAAAAAAUUCAAACUAAAAAAAUUAUUUCUCGAAAACUAAAUCAUAUUUUCACAAAAAUCCUACACCAAAACUAUUAGGACAUAUUGGGCUACCAAACAUGAAAGUAGGAGUGAAAUAAACUUUUGGGUGACUUGCCGCUGUUUGUCUGAUGCACCUUGACAUUAGCUCUUAAUUUUCUUUAAAUUGAGCUGCCAAGUUCAAGCACCGAAACAUUUACAAACCAGUUGCGUUUCGAGGCUGUCGAUAGAAUACUUGCGGCAAAAAAUAAAAAAAAAGGCCAACAUCGUUUUUUUCCUUCAAUGUUCUAGCAACGUUCGGACCAAAUCUCGCAGAUUCCGUCAAUUCUAUAUUUGAACAGCAGAGAGCUUUUUCUGUGUUUAUAUAUUCUCAUCUAAACAAUAAGAAAAGCUGGGAGGAUUCAAGAAAGGUAUGCAAACGUUAGACACAAUUAAGGGUUUGCAUAGCUCUAGAAAGUAUCAAAAAAAAGUCUCGCGGAUUCCGUUAAUUCUAUAUUUAAACGGCAUAGAGUUUUUCCUGUGUUUAUAUAUUUUCAUCUAAACACGAAGGGAAGCUGGGAGAAUUCAAGAAAGUUAUGCAAACGUCAGACACAAUUAAGAGUUUGCAUAGCUUUAGAAAGUAUCCAAAAAAAUUAUUGCCUAUUCAUGUUACUUGUUUAUUUUCUGUAACGAACUUAUCCAAGAUUUAGAAUCAGGCGCGAGUGGACGAACUCCCUUCUCCUGGCAUGGAAGAUGUAACCCUCCAGUGGCUACCUAACCUUCCACCCCGCCCCUUCCUUCCACCCUAAUGCUCGGAGGCUAGUUAGUCUUAGAACUAAUGGCCUGAGUGGAUACAUCAUAAAUUUUGUCUGAUUGAUGACUAAAAAGCCUAGCCUUAGCUAUUGAUAUUUUUUAAAACAAUAAUACACUUUGUGACUUUGGUGAAUAUGUUUGAUCCUUGCAUUGUUGUAACUGUUACAAUUAUCCUUGCAAGUCUUUCGUUUUCCCUGCUCAUCGUCCCUGUACAUUGCCCGCAUGUUUAAAGUUAGAGAGAAUAGUCUUCAAUUUUGACUUACAGCUCUCUUAAUUCGAUAUUGUUCAUAAAUAUGUCUUUUGGCAAAUUCUCCAACUGGUUGUUAUCCAAGUACCUGUCAACAAAUGACGAUAGUUAGUGUUCAGGCGCAUUACUGAUAUAAACGUAUUAUCAUUAUCAUCAAUAUCUUCAAGUGACAAGAAAUGUUUUUGGUAAGAGCCUAUGUUGCUCAUAGUACAGCAACGUAUUUAUAUUUUCAGGUAAAUCUGUCAACUCCAUUAUCAAGUUUCGCUUAUCAGGCGCGAAUGUCUUCCAAGACAUCCAUCCAUAAGUAACACAUUCGUCAAUCUAUUAUUUUCCACUGAAAAGAUUUCAAUGUCGACAUGGGAAACAACAUGAUAUUCGAGUUUCUUAAAUGGGUUUUUCCUUACCAUUAUAAAAUGAGGGGAAAAUACAAACAAUAGUUUAUGCAAAGAGCAUUUGAAAUAGCUUAGACAAUUUUCGUAAUUUUGCCCUUUUUGUGAUUGAAUUCGAAAAUGUCAAUCAAUCAGUCAAUCGAACUCCACAAAGCCUAUUAAGAGAGCGCAAGCGCUACCACUGCACCACACGCUUGCUUCUUUGCUUGAUUUAUCUCGUUGCUUUUAGCCCAUGCUCCUACAAAAUGCCUUGAAUCCACAGCAAGAAAGAAAAGAUUGCUAUUUCUUUUGUCUUUGCUCAGUAACCGGGCUUUAUGUCAUCCGCAAGCGGAGGAGCUUGUUCCAGCUUCUGACAGUUGUUCAUCUGCUGUUAUUUCCUCUCGUGAGACGAAGGAGUCAAGUGCAAUUAAAUUCGUUUUCACUACUACUUUCAUAGUUUGUAGCCCAAUAUGUCCUGAUAAUUGUGGUGCAGUUUUUUUAGUGAAAAUAUAUUUUAGUUUUCGAGAAAUGACUUUUCUCGUUCGACCGCUCAAAUAUGCAAAUUUUCACCGUGAAUAUUACCCGAGUUGUCAUGUAUUUACUUUACCUUCGGUAUUUCUGUCAACAUAAUCCUUUGUUUUAUCCUCAAAAAUUAAUCCUUUAUCAUUGCUGAAGCUGGCAAAGAAAUAUCUAUUUUUUGGUAAAUAAUUUUGUCCGACAUACUUUCAAAUGUCGAAAAGUAGCUCAAAACAAAGACAGUUUUAACAAUGACCGACAUGACAGAAUCUACUGAGCUUAUAGCUUUUAAAAGACAAAAGGAUGGUUAUAAAGUUACUGUAAAUAUUUACUUGUAUAUUUGUGUCGUUCCAUCUUGAGACGAACUCAAAGUCCGGCAAAACUUACAUGCUAGCGACUAUGAAAUACACGUGGUGUGCGUACUGGUCGCCACCUUUUACUGUCAUAAAUUACUAGAGUAACUUUAUAACCGUCCUUUUGUCUUUUAAAAGCUUGAAGCUCAGUAGAUUCUGUUUUUUCUUCAUAACUCGACUGCAUAUUACAGUAACUAUUAUUAUUUUUUUCCUUUUUUGCUUUUGUUUUAAAUGGCUUGUUCAGGUAAUAAACUUAAAUUUAUUGAAAAAAAAUCGCCGAUGCAAAGUCAUUCACAACGAGAUUCAGAGAAACUUUUUGUUAUAAAAUUUUUGUUUGAGGCUACUUUCAUAUUCCAUUUUACAUCAUAUCUUACACUUUUCUGUUCAUAAAACUUUCUUUACAUUUAUGAACGAAAGAAUCCUCUCUCUAACAAACAAAGCAAUUUAUCUGGUUCAAUGUUGUACACAUUUCUCAUCCCCUAAAUAUUCCAGCCACCCCUCAGAGACUUUAAAAAAAUUCUACACCCAAAAGGCUUGGAAAAAGAACACAAUGGAAACAAACCCAAUUUAAGCGCUCGAAAUAAUGGAUAUCAGCACAGAGAAAAACUUUUUUCCCCAUUGCCUGGUUUUGUUUCCUAUCACAAAUCAGUAUCGGAAUGAUUAUUUGUGACACUCCACGGAUUUCAGGGAAUAAGGUGAACGCACGCACACGGCACGUUAUAACACGCUCGAAAAAAAAACUAUGGACUAUGCCUUAUGACGAAAAACACCAAAAAAAACCAAACAAAAAAAACACGACGUUGCUCUGUUCCAUGAAUUUCUUGUUUUGAAAGGCAAGACGAGACGAAUGGACGAAUGACUCCGAAAGCUGAACAAGUUUCUCAGCGAGUUCCUUAUAACGGUUCGCAAAAAAGAACACAACGAGGAAUACGAGCCUAAUUCCCUAAGGACUUUCUUCGCCAGUUUUCAGCGCCAUUCGAAGAAAAAUAUACUAUGGACUUUGCCUUAUGAAAAACGUCCAGUUCGAGCAAACUCGGAAAGCGCUUAAGUCAAAGCAAAGGGAUCUAAAACGGAAAGGUAUGGGCAACGAGUCUAAUGCUUCUGCUGCUUUAAGUGAGGAAGAUAUUCAAGUUCUGUUUGAAUGAGUUUGAGAGAAAUUCGUCCAACUUUUUCUCAGCAAAGCAAGCAAGCAGCACAGCAGCCCGUUUCUCUUUUUUUCGGGUGCUGUUCUAAGCGGAGGACAUAUAGGUGUGGCAAUAAACACUUUAAAUCAAUCGCCCACACUUUCAGUGUGAGAGGAAAACCCUAGCAAAACUUACAAAAGAAUCAAACCUCUUGAUUCGGAUUCUUACUGGUGUUUGUCAAUUCAAGCAUGCGGGUCCUCAUAAGCAACAAAAAAUGAAGUCUCGGGUUUUUCGACAUAUUUUCAGGAUGUCUUAUUUCAUUCUUACUAGCUCUGCCUUUUAACGGCAUUUUUGCUCGAUAAUUUAAAUGUAAAGUAUUUUACAAAGAAGCCAUUUCAGUGCAACUCUCGAACUGUGAGGGCUUGACCGCGCGUUGUUUUCCUUUGAAAGAAAAUAAAGAUAUGUUUAUCUUUGAGUUCUGUUCGCUUAUAAAUCCAGGAACGUAUAUGAUAAAUAAGUUAAUUCACGGUUGGUUCACUUGUGCGAAUUUUAUUCACUCGUUGUGAAUAAAAAUCGUACGCGCUCACCAGCCGUGAAACAACCUACAAUUGUACGCUAAUCUUGGCAUCUUACGAGCUCUUCGUCUUUAGCACUGCGGUAUAUACCUUGCGCAACGCAGAUUUAACGUGAGGAUAAUUAAAAUUAACAUGGCCGAAGGUACUAACGAUUUUUUUAGCUCGCAAACUCAGCGAACUUAAAUUUUCAAACUCCUCUGGACCCUGUGCGUGUAUUCACUUGCUUUUGGUUUCCAUAGUUAGGUCAUUUACACUACAAUAUGUUUACACGCGCAAAGGAACAAGCAAACGCUUCGUAGUCGUUCAUUACCAAGUUUCAAAAUGCAAUUACUCAUUCUUACGAGAUGGUAAGGUGCAACACGUCGAGAACUAAAGGUUUCCACCGGUUGGACAGCGGAAAAUUAGGCUUUCUUGUGCCCGUUUUACAAAGAAAGUUUGACUCGCCAUUUUUUAGUAAGCAAUGGAAUCAGAUAGCCGCUCGCAUUAAUACAAAGUGUAGAGGAAAGAGAAGGACUCUUAUUCACAGACUUGAGAAA